GGAGAGGGUCAUGCUGCCGGCGAGCCCGCCAGGCGGUUUCGGCGGCGCUGGCGACGUGCUCAUGCAGGCCCGGCAGCUGCCAGCCGCCACCAUCGACGUCCCGUUGCCGUAUUUCGAGACCCUGGCUGGCCAGCUGGAGGAGCGGGCGCAGGGCGUCUGGGAGCGCGUGAACGACAUGGAGCGCGCGCUCACCGCCUACGGCCGGCGGGCCCCCCACGCGCCCGUGGCGGGGCAGAUCGAGGCGGUGGUGCGGAGCGAGCACGCGCAGUUCCGGGCGCUGUGUGCGCAGGUGGCGCAGGCGGCGGACCGCCUGGAGCGGCUGCGGGAGGGGGCCAUCCGCGCGCGGGGCGUGCCGCCGGGCAUGCUGGCCCGGCUCGUGGACGUUCCGGCGGCCGGCGGCCCGCGGCCGCAGCAGCCGGGGACAGGCGCUGGGCUGCUGGCUGGACCGCUCGGCGGCGGGGCCCUCGCCCUGGCGGUGCCCGGGCUCCUCGGGCAGGCCCCAGCGGGCGGCGCGCUGAUGGGCGGCGGGAUGUUCGGCGCGGGUGGCGGCUCCGGCGGCGGGCUCUUCGGCGCGCAGCCCGCCGGCGGCCUCUUCGGCGGCGCGGCGAGCUCCGGCGGCGGGCUCUUCGGCGGCGCGGCCGCCGGCGGGGGCCUCUUCGGUGGUGCGGCGAGCUCCGGCGGCGGGCUCUUCGGCGGCGCGGCCGCCGGCGGGGGGCUCUUCGGCGGGGCGGCGAGCUCUGGCGGCGGGCUCUUCGGCGGCGGCGGGGGCCUCUUCGGCGGGGCGGCGAGCUCCGGCGGCGGGCUCUUCGGCGGCGGCGGGGGGCUCUUCGGCGGCGGCGCGGCCAGCAGCGGCGGGGGCCUCUUCGGCGGCGGCGCGGCCACUGGCGGGGGCCUCUUCGGCGGCGGCGCGGCCACCGGCGGGGGCCUCUUCGGCGGCGGCGCGGCCACUGGCGGGGGCCUCUUCGGCGGCGGCGCGGCCACUGGGGGCAUGUUCGGGCAGACCUCUGGCGGCGGCCUCUUCGGCGCGCAGCCCGCCAGCGGCGGCCUCUUCGGGGCGCAGCCCACCAGCGGGGGCGGCCUCUUCGGGGCGCCCGCGGCGACUGGCGGCGGCCUCUUCGGGGCGCAGCCCACCAGCGGGGGCGGCCUCUUCGGGGCGCCCGCGGCGACUGGCGGCGGCCUCUUCGGGGCGCAGCCCACCAGCGGGGGCGGCCUCUUCGGGGCGCCCGCGGCGACUGGCGGCGGCCUCUUCGGGGCGCAGCCCACCAGCGGGGGCGGCCUCUUCGGGGCGCCCGCGGCGACUGGCGGCGGCCUCUUCGGGGCGCAGCCCACCAGCGGUGGCGGCCUCUUCGGGGCGCCCGCGGCGACUGGCGGCGGCCUCUUCGGGGCGGCCCCGGCGGCUGGGGGCGGGCUCUUCGGGGCACCCGCAGCGACUGGCGGCGGCCUCUUCGGGGCGCCCGCGGCGACUUCUGGCGGCGGGCUCUUCGGCGCCGCGCCCGCAGGCGGGGGCCUCUUCGGCGCCGCGCCGGCCUCGGGCGGAGGCCUCUUCGGCGCCGCGCCGGCCGCGGGCGGGGGCCUCUUCGGUGGCGGCGGGGGCCUGUUCGGCAAGUGA